AUGUCUACCGCGCUCUCCAGUGCGUCCGACUUCGGCACGGCCGUCCUCCGCCUGAGCCCCCUGAUGAUUUCCUCGGCCAGUCUGAUGUGUGCCAUUGACCAACAAAACGCCUUCCGGUCCUUUCUGACUCCUAAGCUUGCCAACCGACCCGGCCACGUCUCCGGCAACCUGGUGCAUGACUGGUUCCCCGCCUUCGCGCGCACCACCAAGUGGGUGAUUUUGCUGGCCUAUCCCCUGGCCGGCGUGGUGGCCGUCAUCAAUAGCCGCGCCCCCGGUAUCAAUCCGCAGACCCGUUACUUCUACUACGCCGGGGGAGUGUUGAGUGUCGCGCACUACUACUUUGGGGCCUGGAGCAUGUACUGGAACAGUCGCAUCUGUUCCAAGGAAAAGAUCGGCCUCCGCAACGAAGAUGGACUACGCGGCUGGCUGGGGAAUAAUUGGCGGCGCAUGUGGUUGGUGAAUAUUCCGGCAUGGCUGAUGUUUGUAUGUGCCACAGCGACGUUUGUGAGGGUUUAG